GGUAAUGCUGGUGCUAUGAGGCUACUUGAUUUAGUGGAGGUAUUAUCCAACGAAUCUAUUGAAAAUUUAACAAAGAACGAGUUUUGGUUAGGGAGAUUAAUGCCUACGUACUUUUCACCAUCUUCAGUCAUCAAGUUCACGACGGCUCCAACCCAAAAUAAGAAUGCCCUUCUUGAGAAAUCCGGAUUGAAACUUCCGUUUUUGGAUUUGGGCAAUGGCAUGAAUUCUCCUCAAAAUACAUCACAUCAGUUUGAACUAUCAUCAAUAGUAGCCUCAAGGUUUAUGCUUGCAUGUAUAGCUGCUAACAACGUGGUACGAUUUACAAUUUCGCUUCCCGGGUUGAAGUCUCAAGUCAUGAAUAACGGAUCGAUAUUUUUGAUGGCACGCAUGAUGAUCCAAUACAUCUAUAGUGAUGGGUCCAUUUCCAAUAUUAAUGGUAAUAUCCGAGUAUUAAUGGGGCGAGAUUUGGCGAUCGAAUGGGUGGAUUGUCAAUGCUUGAAUUAUCAAAGUUCGUUAGCAUUGAGUGGAUUGGAAAGAAAAUGGGCCAACUUUUUGGAUUCCAAGGCAAAAGAUCCAAAGAAGGGAGACAAGGAUUUCUUGAAUGACAUAUAUGAGAACACAGAGGCGGUAAAACUUUUUGCAUCGUCAGGAAUUCACCAAGACGCAAUGAGGAUCAUGCAAGUAGGUGACGUCAUGUCCAAUUUGAAAUCGCUCAUGGAGUUUGAUCAGGUGAACAAUAUCUCGUCACCCAUGAAAUCGUUGGAGUUAUACGUGUCGAGAAACAGUGGCCAAAUUGCCCUCCAAUCGCAACUAGCCCAGGCUCAAUUUCAAGCUCAAGUACAAGCCCAAGUUCACGCCAAGGCUCAAGCCCAAGCUCAAGCCCAAGCUCAAGCCCAUGCGGCCCAGGCUGCUCAGGCUGCUCAGGCACAAUUCCAAGCACAAGCAUAUCAAGUACAAAUGGCGGCCCAACAGGCGUCAUCGGCACCAGUACCAGUACCACAACAGAGCAGAAACUCAACGAUAUCGUCGCCUUCUCCACGUACUAUCCAUGCCGAGGACCCCAAGAAGAAACGAAAAGCCAGCACAACUAUAGCGGACAACAAGAGAAGAAAAUGAUAUGUCCCCCUCCUCACACCCCUCCCCCCUUUGUAGCAUUAUCGUACUGAAAAACAUUUAUUUCUUAACUAUCAAGACGUUUUAGUGGAUUAGAACUGUUCUUCGUAUUAAUUUGUAACUUAUAGUGAAUAAAUAUUCCUUACAUUGUAACAACAGAAACCGGAUGAAUAAAUUGAUAAUAGAGAUUGUUAGUACAGGCUUUGUGAAAAAACUGAAUUAAUCUUACGCGCAUCUGUUCUACUACGUUUGAAGCAUGACAACAAUGGAUGAUUCCCCCGAGGAACAUUCAAAACCACAACUCCCUGGAUCCUUAGUUGAAGCAGUAAGACCAAAGCUGUUAGCAGAGUAUAUUGGACAAAACCAUUUAGUUAACCCUGAGGAUGGUGCAAUCACAAAUUUCAUAAACUUGGGAUACCUCCCCUCGAUGAUCCUCUUUGGACCACCCGGGGUGGGCAAAACCACCUUGGCUUCAAUAAUAGCCAACACUUGUGGAUACGUGUUUGUUGAACUAUCAGCUACCGAUGCGACAGUGGCCCAAUUACGAGAUUUGCUGACUUCAAUCGCUAACGAAAACGCGAAACGAAUAGCUGCUGGUGAUGACAUGCUACGCAUCCUCGUGUUCAUUGACGAAAUACAUAGAUUUAGCAAGACCCAGCAGGACUUCUUGUUGCCCUAUAUCGAAGAUGGCAAUUUUGUGUUUGUUGGUGCCACCACCGUGAAUCCUCAGAAACGAAUCCGACCAGCGAUAAAAUCACGAUGUCAGUUGUUUCAAUUGACUACAUUGUCAUCUCAAGAAAUGAGACAAGUGUUGGAUAGAGCAAUAGAUUAUGAGAAUACAAAACGUAGGAUAGUUUACGGUCGUGGAAAUAUAGUCUAUAAUGACCAGAUGCUUGAUGUGUUGAUCAAACGAGCGGGUGGUGAUUCUCGAUCAGCUAUAAAUUUGAUUGAGUUGGUUAGCACUAACUGUAGAGGUCCAGAGGAUAAACAAUUAGAGUUGGCUGAACUUCGGGAUAUUUUCCAGAAUGUCAGGUAUUCACAAUCGGGAAUAGCAGAUCCCAAAAAUCGACAAAUAAUGGCGAGGUUGUUAGCUUGCUUGAAAGGGAAUCCUGGUCGCAGGAAAGGAAAAGAUCACUUGGAGUUCUUUUAUGACGACUUUAAGACUCGGAAAAUUUCUGGCAAUGACCCAAACUAUGAAUAUCUUCUCCAGAUGCAAGUGUCUGAUGAUAGUGAUGUUGAACCAGGUGAUAUAUUUACUGAUGACGAGGAAGAGUUGGAUCUAGCGUACCUUGAACCGGAAGAGGUUGCGAAAGUUUCUGCCAAUUUCUAUUUACAGUUACUACUAAAGCGAGGAGAAUCAACCACUGUCAUUAUACGAAUGUUGAUCAAGUUUGCUAUAUUAAACUUAGAACCAAAUACAUCCACCAUUCCUAAACUCAUGUCAUUCCUAAAACUAGUGAAGAAUACAAAUGCACAUCAAGAUAACAUCGACUAUAUAUUUGCUAACUGCAUAGAGUGGCUAAUUGACCAACCUAAAUCGAAGUCAGGACUCCAAAAGAAGUUGAACCAGUUGAAGCAAUACUUUUCUUUGCUAAAGAAAGAAGAGGACUCGGGUAACGACGACGACGAUGUCCCUGAAUUGCUCAACAACAUAAUUAUAUCAUUCAACCAAGAUGAAAUUGAAGGCCUAGAACAUCGGCCAAUAUUCGACGAAGACGACAUUGACCAAAAUCCAGGAAUUUCUGUUACAUACGUUGAAGAACAGGACUUGGACAUUGGUACUCCUGCAUAGGUUAUAGCGCUUGAAAAAACUGUCGCUAGUUUUAUUUUUGCAACCAUAUAUUUCUCCUACUUCAUUAGCCGCCGUCUAGCAAAAUGGCAGACAACCACACUCAGAAGAAAGCAGAUGGAUUCCUCAAGGUUACACGAAGAAUAGCUGUCGAUUUCUGGUUGAAUCUCACUACAUAUUUACUCAUUUAUGACAUCUUGUUUAUUUUCCAAGUGAGAAAUUCCCUAAUCCAUGCCCACAAAUUCUUACUCAAUUUGGCCUUGAUUGUACUAGAAUUAAUUAUGGUCCUUCCCUUUGCAUUAGUCAGAUUGAUUUACCAAAUAACAGCAACAAAAAAUAACACUAAACAAAUGGAUGUUAGAUUCAAUUCCAAUGGAAUAAUCAGGACAUACACUCUUCAUCGAGUUUUCUGGCGGUAUGAUCUGAAUCUCUUAUACAAUUUGGAAAUGCAAUCAUUUUCUAAACGGGGUGGAAUACACAUAUUCUUAGAAGUUAGCGAUCUGGAUAGGGACCGAGAACAAUUGUACGAUCAGGCUAUAGAACAAGUUAGACUAGAGGAAAUUCUGGAUGAUGAUCAUGAUCAAAUUCAAAUAUCACGAGAAUUGCUUGAUUUGCCCGAGCUGGCAAACGACGUUGAUCCGUUUAAUUUAAUAUAUCAAUCCAUGGAUGUUGGCAAUAUGCUUCAGAGACUUCGAUUUUACAACCCAUUUAGAAGACCAAGUCAGACAGAAGUUGCAGAAUAGAAGCUCGGGCCAGCUUUUAUAAACUAUGUAUUUCAAUAAUAGAGUUAAUAUAUUUAAAUUUGGAUAAAAAAAUAGAAGUAAUAACCUACUGCUAUAUUACAGAAUUUAAAGAUAUGCAAAAAUUAAAUCGUGAUUUGGUUCUCACUCAACUUCAAUGCUCUCCCUCUCUUAAUCUAUUCGUUAUCAUCAUCUUCUCCGUCGCCCAAUGCAGCAAAUCUAUUAACAUGAGUCGAUUCAGAUCUCUUGGAGGCUUCUCUUUGGAGGUCUGAGGAGCUUGGCCCACUGGAUGGUGACCUUUGGUUAACGUAUGAAGGUGAUUUCUUUAAAUUGUUCAAGAAAUUAUUGGAUGAACCUGAUGAUGCGUUGUUGUUGUUAUUAUUAUUGUUCCAAGCCGAUCCCGAUCUGGACGAGUUGGAUCUUCCCGAGUCGUAUGACUUCUUUUGUCUUCUUUCAAUACUUGCUCGUUGUUCUUGUAAUCUCUUGAUUUCAGCGUCUCUAUGGAUUUGUUCAAUAGUCUUUGGUCCAGCAUCACUCUUGGCAGAACUCCAGUUGGCAUCUCGUAAAUCUUGUAAAUCCAUCAACAUAAACUUGAUUCUUGAGGGCAAUUUAAGCUCUUCGUUAUUCAAAAUUUCACCAAUUCUUUCAAACACAAGUCUUAAUGCGGCUUUAGUACCUGGGUUACCACUAGUGUCAAUCUUUGGACCCACAGUCUUGACCAAUUGAGCCAAACUUUCCAAGGUUUCUUCCGAGGGGUCAACGACAUUUUGAGAUUGUUUCAUCAAACAAGCACCGAUAAUUCUAUCAUUCAACACAUUUAAGUUGAACAAGUGACCAAUGAACUUGACUAAACCAAGACCUCUUCUCUUGGCAGCAGCCAUGGCAUAAUAUUCAUCCGACAUCAUUUCUGGUUCCAAUGGAGUUCCAUCAGGGUUGGUUGGUAAUUUAUCACUCCAACCCUUUUCAUAUUCGGAUUGACAUGUGUUUAAUAAUACUCUUCUGGCCAAAUCACCACCAGAGACAACUUCACCUCUAACAAUCAUAUUUUCAUCUUUAAUUUCUGGAUUUAUAUCAGUACAUAUCUUGGCACAGAAACUAGCAUACAUUUCUGACCAAUAUGGUUCAUCACAAGCCUUGGCAAAUGUCAACUGUAUUAUUUGCUUAAUAGUAGCGGCAUCAGGUUCCCAUUUGGCUUGGGUAGAAAGUUGCAAGAUUUCAUCAGUGAUUUCUUGAAACAUUUCAAGUGUUAAUUUAUUUAAUAAGGAUUUAGUCUUUCUUUCAAUAUCUUCAGUAGACAAGAUUUCACUUCCAUCAGGAGCCAACUUAACUUCGGCCUUUUGUGCCAAUCUAGAUUUUGGAAUCCAUCUAUUAGCGGAUUUUUCCAAUGGUUUGACAUCUUCGGCUGGUGGCUUGGCUUCCUUGGCCAAUUCUUCUUCAGUCUUUUCGCGCAUAUCUCUACCACCUCUCUUGGAUUGGUUACCCUUUCUGGUAGAUUUAUCUCUCGAGGAAGCGCCUCUUCUCUUGGAACCGCUUCUUGAGUUUUGUCUACCACCAUCAAAUCCACCACCUGGUCUAUUGCUACCACCAGCAAAUCUUGAUGGUAAUCCAUUGUUUUGGUAUUUACCCAUGUUACGGGCACCACCUGGACCGCCGGCCAUGGACACAGAACGUCUGGCAGCGUUUGGAUGGAUAUCAACGGCUUCUAAUUGAGCUUUAAAUUCUGGAUCAAUUGGAUAUUGAAUAACCUUUUGGAAUUGAAUUAAAAAUUGGGGGUCAUAUCUAUACUUCUUACCAGGAAUCUUCUUGGAUGAAUCAACUCCAGAGAUGUCUUCUGGAUAUUUGGUGGCAAAUAUAUCGUCGAUUCCAGUGGCAGUCUUUAAUCUGUCCAAGAAUUGAGAAAUUGUGAAUUCAGGGGCACUUGGUUCGGUUUCCUCUUCCUCCUCGGCUUCUUCGGUUGGUUCAUUAGUAGUUUCAUCUUCUUCGGUUGCAACAGUUGUGUCUUCGGUAACGUCUUCUUCGUCUUCCUUGGAUUCUACAACUGGUUCAGCCUUGACUUCUUCUGCUUCAGCAACUAGUUCCUUUUCAGAUUCAACUGAAGCAGGU